CAGCCGGAUACAAUUUAGCCCUGAAUUGUAUGCUACGGUACUCGUACACGGUUGGGGUACGGUACCGGUAUUACGAGUACCUUCCGCAACGUCAUACCGUACUGCUCCACACCAUAUCACACACACCAUACCUCUCAACACCACCUCUCCUCUCCAUCCCCAAGCUCUCCCCACUCCCUCCACCAAAUAUCCACCUUCAACCCUACCACUAGCAACACAAACAUUCCUCAAUUCCCCCCCGCCGAAAUGGCCACCAAAAAGCCCAAACUCUCCACCCUCCUCCCCCCUAUAAUUAUCGGUGGGGCCGUCUACAACACCCAAAUGAACUUGGACCCCUCUACCCUCCCGGUCCGCAGCAUCCUCACAAAGGCCUUUUCAAUGGGCAUAUAUUGCAUCGAUACAUCACCCUACUAUGGCCCCAGUGAGCUUCUCAUGGGUGACGCCCUCACCCAGCCGGCAAUAACCCAAUCCUACCCUCGCAGCUCAUACAUAAUCAUGACCAAGGCUGGCCGUAUCUCUGAGAGUGAAUUCGACUACAGCCCCAACUGGAUCCGGAAGAGCGUUCGUCGGAGCUGCGAGCGGUUACAUACGGAUUACCUGGAUGUUGUGUUUUGCCAUGACGUUGAGUUUGUAAGUCCAGAUCAGGUGAUGGGUGCUGUGAGGACGCUGUUUGAGUUGGUAGAUGAGGGGAGGGUGCGGUACGUUGGAAUCUCUGGGUAUCCGCAUAAACUCCUGGCGGAGCUGGCCGUGCGGGUAAGGCAGGAAUUGGGAAGGCCUCUGGAUGCAGUGCAGAGCUAUUGUCACAUGAACCUGCAGAACUCCACGCUUCUUCAAUCCAUUAAUAAACUGAAGGGUGAAGGUGGUGUGGACACGGUCGUUAAUUCCUCCCCGUUGGGCAUGAAAUUGCUUACAGGAGAAUUCCCCGGGUCGUUCCACCCCGCACCGAAGGGGCUGAGGGAUGCCUGUGCGAGGGCUGCUGAGCUUUGCAAAGCCCGGGGCGAAACACUGCCUAGGGUCGCGAUGCGCUGGGUAUUUGCGAAUUGGAAGGGAGCAACUUUGACUGGGGUUAGUUAUCUAGAGGAGUUGGAGGAUAACAUUGGGGCUUAUAUGGAUGUCGCCGUUAGCACUGAGGAGGAUAAGGAAGGGAAGGUUGUGUGGAAAGAUGUGGAUGAGCGGAAGGUGAAGAGGUGGGAACCGUUGUGGGAGGGCGUGCAGGAGAUACUUGGGGAGUGGAAGGAUUAUAGCUGGGACAGUCCACCGAGGGAUUGGAUGCUUGGGAAGGGUCAGAGUAUGCUGUAGUGGGUGUUAGCGCCGGAUUAAUUAUGCGCCCCCAGAGCCUGCUUAUUAUCUCUUCCCCAUGAUUGGCUCCGGCCCUUUUUUUAUUGUCACUGCGGGGUUUCUAGAGGCGCGCUAUAAAGGGCCAAGAAUGGGGAUUACGGUUGGCUUAGAAUGGAGCUAUAGUUGUGAAUACUGAGGCUUAGUUGCAGACGCACUCUAAAAGUUGAGAUUUGAAGCUUUAUUGGAGAAUAUGUGGUACCAGCACACGUCUGUAGCUUGAAGUACGUAUUCUCCGUUGAAUCGGCAACCACCAUGAACACCUAUCAGCCUUGCCACACUACCCACAGGAUGUCCCACCGAAAACCCAAGUGCACCGUAAUAGGGAUAUUCCA